AUGUCCACCCCCUCUCCCCCUCUAUCCCGAUUCCAUGUCAAGGAAGUCAAAAUGGCAAUCUUCCAACUAGACUUCCUAGCCCUCUGGCUCCUAACCUCCCGUCUCGCAACCGCCCUCCUCCCCCCAACCCAAACAACAGACGGCUACUGCUUCAGCUACAUAAUCCAAGGCUACGACACCUGCGCCUCCAUUGCUAGCGCCCACGCCAUCACCCAGGCAGACAUCGAAGCCUUCAAUAAAGAUACCUGGGCUUGGCUGGGCUGUGGCCAUCUCUACCAGGGUGACUUUAUCUGUCUGUCUCCGGGGAAACCGCCUAUGCCUAUGGCGCUGCCGCAUGCUACUUGUGGUCCGCAGGUGCCUGGUACUACGAGGCCGGAGAAUUGGAAUGAUUUGGCCGGGUUGAAUCCUUGUUUGAUGGAUGCUUGUUGUUCUUGGUGGGGCCAAUGCGGUGUUUCGGAGUUAUAUUGUGAACGAGCUGUUCGAGAACCGCCUGCUGGUGCCACGGCGACUGUUAAGCCUGUUACCGCGGAUCCUGGGUCUGCGUCUGCGAAGACUGGUAGUCCGGCGAAGACAGGUGCAGGUACAGCUACGAAGAUCGUAACUACGACGAAAGCAAAGACUACAGCCCAAGCAAAGACUACAACCAAAGCAGCAGCUAAAGCAACAACAAAGGUAACGACGAAAGCAAAAGCAACAACUACCAAAAAACCAGACCCCGUCCAAGACAAACCAGUAACGCCCGAUCCGUGGGACGCACCCUGGGAAAUGACCUUGUACGCCGAGAAAGGCUGCAAGGGCGAUUACUACCAUCUGGAAGGGUACAACGAGAAACUAUACGACGAUAAAGACCAUUGUCUCGUUCUGCGCGGGGGACUGAAUAGUGUGUUUUCAGAGACUGAGGUGACGUGCAAUUUCUGGACGGACGAUGGGUUUACCAAGCUGCCUUGUGAGAAGGGGACGUUGAAGUCGCCGCAGUCGUGGAUUGUUAAGGAAGGGUUCUGUACUGGGUUUGAGGGGACGGAUUGUUAUUGUUUGGAUCAUUAUCAGAGUGAAUAUGAGGCCAAGGGGUGUCAGAAUAGGCUGGCUGGGUAUGAUCCACCGACUUUUGGGUCUUUGAUGUGUGCGAAGAAGAUGGAAGCUGCUACCUAG